AUGACAAUUCUUGUUUGUUUUUGCGUUUUGGCCGCUGCGACGGCCGCCGGAGCUGCGGGCGACGCGAAAAUUGCAGGUUCGGAGUUGCACUACGAGCCGCGGCACCCGGAAGUUCUCGUCGGGCCCCCCGCGCAGCCCGCGAAAGAAACGCCCCUUGCUGCACCUGCAGCAGCAAAUGUGCGGCUGGGGGGUUCUCUCGAGCAGCUGCUGCGCGAGGGCGGGCGCGAGGGCUCUUCGUUUCAAAAGACCAAGAAGGAGUUUGCUGCUUACCUCGUGAAGUUCGAAGCGCUGGCUGCGAGGAAGACAGUUGUGCUGCAGAAGUGCAAACUUUCCCUCAGUGACCUGUGUCUGCUGGAGGCAGCAGCAAGAAGCCCCCUGGCUUGGAGGGAUCGGCAACUACAGAAACAAAGAAAGCAGCAGCAGCAGCAGCAGCAGCAGCAGCUGCUGCUGCUGCUGCUGCUCUUCUUGCUGCGCUCGCGCUGCGCCUUUUGCUUCUUGCUGCAGCAGCUUCCGGCGGCCUCGCCGCCCGCUGCUGCUGCUGUCGCAGUUGCGACUUUGCGGCGGCGCCGUCGCCACGCUGAACAAAAAUAA